CAGGUAACUAAUAAUAUGGUUCAUACUAAAGUUAUCAUCUUCUUUGGGUGUUUAUUGGCUGUUUGCCAAUCCUUGGGUAAUGCUGACUGUUCGGACGAGGGAUCAACCGAGGCUUGCAUGUACCUGGUUGAACAAUUCGACCUCUGUUCUCCAAACUCUCUGAUGUACCAGAGUAUGGUAAAGAAUUGUCGUCUAGCAUGUGAUCACUGUGAGGAAGAAGGAGAAGAGGAAGAAGACUGGGACAACGACAAUGAUACAGAAGGUAAAACUGAUGGAAGUCAAAACGACGACCCAGGAUGUGAAGAUUCUCUUUCCAAUGAUGCUAACCCUGAUCCAACCCUGAACUGUCUGACUUUCCAAUACUUGUGCGCGGAUUCCUCAGCUAUUGGAGACCGUAUCGCUGCAAACUGUCCUGUCACGUGUGGUACUUGUGAGUUUGAUGAUGAUCCAGUUUGUGAGGACUUGCUGACCUCCCCCAAGUCUCCGGACCCCACUAUUAACUGUCAGACCUUUAAAAAGUACUGUGAAAUGACAGGGAAAGUUGCUGAGAGAGUACAGGCAGAGUGUCGACUGACUUGUGGAUUCUGUUAACUAUCCUUUUCCUCUACAGUCUACUUUCUUUACGUUUUAAUUAAGAACUUGGAGCACAAACAGUUGUUAAAUAUAUUUGUUCGAAUCGAUUAGCUUUGUUGUUAUGCAGUUAGAAUCGUUAUCUUAAGAAGCA